AGAUGCAUUUGUUAAUGCUGGUAAUAUGUAUUUUGUGCAUGUGUAAUGAAUUAAAUGCUCAGUUUGACAAGUACUUCCGGCCCUGGUCUGACAAAUGGAGCCCUAAUCAGCGUCCUUUUUGGUUACAUGAAGAUGAUAUGAAAGAGCCGGACUUCGACCCUGCGCCGAAGUUUGCACUGGUGACACCAGCAGUGCUUAGACUGGGACAAAAAGAAAACGUCCUACUGGAGGCAUUUGGCCUUUCUGAGACUGUCAGUGUUGUUCUCUCAGUUUACGAUUUCCCAGCUAAGUCAAGGCUACUGUGGCAGGAAACCAUCACGCUCAACUCAGAUAAUAACUACAGCUUCCUCCAAAGCAUCCAGAUUAAUUCAAACCUCCUGAAGCCAGAAGAGAAAGAAACCAAGUAUGUCCAGCUAGCCGCCCAAUUUGGACACUUCCAGGAGGUCAAGCAAGUUAGUAAAGUGUCCUUUCUGUCUGGUUACAUCUUCAUCCAGACCGACAAACCCGUGUACAACCCAGGAGACACAGUGAAGUGCCGUGCUUUUAUUUCUAAUGCCGAUUUUCAGGCAUCCGAUGGCACCAUUUUUGUUGAAAUCCAGAAUCCUGAUGGAAUUACAGUCUAUACCACACCAAGGAGCAAAGCAGCAAAAGGCAUUCUCUCCACCACUUAUGGACUCUCAGACAUUGUCAAAGAGGGCAGAUGGAAGGUUAUUGCCAAAUUUGACCACUGGAAAGAGAACACAUUUAGUGCUGCUUUUGAGGUGAAAAAGUAUGUGCUACCAGCUUUUAAUGUUACACUUAUACCAACAAAAACUUACUUCGGUGUGGAAGAUCAGGAGUUGAAUGUGGAAGUACAUGCCAGAUAUGUGUAUGGCGAGAAGGUGGAAGGGGUAGCGUACGUGGUGUUUGGGGUAGAGAGAAAUGGACAAAAAGUGCGACUCCCAUCUAUGAAGCAAGUAAAAAAUCUAGAUGGUGGAAUCGCCACUCUGACCACAGCUGAGCUUAAGGACGCGUAUCCUGAUAUUAAUAGCCUUGUGGGCUCAUCUAUAUACGUCAGAGCUUCAGUCUUGACCAGUUCAGGAGGUGACCUUGUGGAUGCAGAGAAGAUGGGCAUCAAAAUAGUUUUGGCAACCUAUGUGCUCUCUAUCGCUAAGGAGACGCCAAGAUUUUAUAAAUCAGGCCUACCAUUUAAAUUUACGGUUACAGUUAGCCAUCAUGAUGGUUCCCCAGCUCCAAAUGUUCCUGUUCAAAUAACAUUCCUGCCCUCUCCGAUCACGGUCCACAGUGGCACCAUCAGAGCGUCUCUUAACAUGCCUUCUGGCAUGAACCCUGUCACAUUAAUAGCAGAGACAGUAAUCCCAGACUUGAAGCAGGAACAGCAGACAAAGGCUGAAUGGUUCAUGGAGCCGUACUCGCCUUUUAAUACUGACCGGAUUAACCAGCUUUACAUCACCUUAGACUCGAACACUGUGAAAGCUGGACAGACCUUAAACUUUAAACUGCACCUGAGCACCUACUCGCUGAAAGAACGAAGCUACAUCCAGCAUGUUUCCUACAUUGUGUUGAACAAGGGGCGAAUCAUUCGUGCAGGCAGAGUAAGUGUUGGAGAGCGUGAAUUGACCAACGUUCCCCUGCUGUUGACAUCGGAGAUGCUGCCUGCGUUCCGCUUCGUAGCGUACUACGUGUUACCAUGGGAUCAUAGCGUGGAGGUGGUGGCCGAUUCCGUUUCGGUGGACGUGGAGAGCCGUUGUGUUGGAUCACUCAAACUUGAAACAUUUAGGGGUAAGGAAGAUCCAGGCGAAAGCUUUUCUUUUCAAGUUAGUGGUGACCCUGGAGCAAAGGUCAGCCUGGUCGCAGUGGACAACUCCAUUUUCCUGCUCAGUAAGAGCCGCCUGACGCAGAGGAAGAUUUGGGACACUCUCGGACAGGGGGACUUGGGCUGCUCUCCAGGAGGAGGGAAAGACAGCAGGGGUGUGUUCUUGGAUGCAGGCAUGAAGUUUCAGUCCAGCUUUAGUAGAGGAACUGGUGAAAAUCAAGUCAAACCAUGUCACUGGAGAUCCAGGAGGAAGCGUUCUGCUGAACAACUGCGUCACAGAGACCAGCUCGAGAAGUCCUAUUCUUCUGACCAGUUUCUACUGCGCUGCUGCUCUGAUGGUAUGAGGGAGAUCCCCAUGCCGUACUCGUGUCUCCGCCGAGCUCUUUACAUCACUGAGGGCUGGAACUGUGUGAGGGCUUUUCUUGAGUGCUGCUCGAAGUACAGGGGUGAAGAGCUGGGCAUCAUCACCCCACCACCCACCACCACUCCAGCGCCAAUCUUACCAGUGCCAACGACCACCAUAAGCAUUUUAAAGUUAACAGAAUCUAUCCACAUUGAUUUUUCCCUGAGCAGUCUUCCAGACCCUCGAGAGAAAUUGACAGGGAGUCCUUUUUUAUUUGCUCCUGUUUCUCAUUUUCAUGAGGCUCAUGUUGAGAGCGUCUUAGAGAAGGAAAUAGUACCUCAAAUAGAGGACAAUGACAUGGACGAGGAGGAGGACAUGGAGGAGGACUAUGAGCUGGAUGACAUUUAUGUCCGCACCAAGUUUUUGGAAUCCUGGCUGUGGACUGAUGUCACACUUCCUGAAGCACCAAAGGCAGAUGGAUUGGCUGUUGCCACUGUGGAGUCUGUGCUCCCUGACAGCAUCACGGAGUGGGGGAUUUUGGGUAUUAGUGCAUCAUCUAAGACAGGUUUCUGCGUGGCCGAGCCGCUCAACAUUCGAGCUUGGAAGGCUUUCUUUAUCGACCUCCGUCUUCCUCGCACUGCAGCCAGAAAUGAGCAUGUGGAAGUCAGGGCUGUGCUGCACAACUACAUGAACAAGGACAUGAAGGUGCUGGUGAUCCUUUCAAAGACGCAGGACAUAUGCAGUGUGGCAUUUACUGAGGAUAAUAAGCAGGAGGUGUUGGUGCGAGCUCGCUCCUCUGUACUCAUCCCCUACACCAUAAUCCCGCUUCGCGCAGGAGAGCUCCCCCUGCAGGUCACUGCUGUGUCGAGCUUCAUAGGACAGGAUGCAAUCCGCAAAAACCUCCGUGUGGUGGUGGAGGGUAUUCAGAAGAUGGAUGUGAGGAGUUUCGUGUUGAACCCUGCUGAUAAAGGAGACAGCAAUGGAAAUCAGCUGAUUCAUGUGGAUAAAGCUAAGCUGGGAUUGGUGGUUCCCAACUCACUUCCAGAAACGUUUGUUAACGUGAGAGGUAGUUUGCUGGCCGACAGCAUUGACAACUCCAUCAAUAAGGACGCACUUGCAUCAUUGAUCCAGAUGCCCGGUGGCUGUGUGGAGCAGAACCUGGCUAAAAUCACACUGCCACUCAUUGCUACUCACUAUCUGGACCACAGCUCCCAAUGGGAGAAUGUGGGUUUGCAGCGUAGGGAGGAUGCCAUCUCCUACAUUAAGCAUGGCUAUGAGAACCAACUUCAUUAUCGUAAAACGGAUGACUCGUAUCCACCAUAUCGCAAUGAAGGAUCUAGCACCUGGAUCACAGCGUUCGUGGUGAAGGUGUUCUCCAUGGCUCAUCCCUUUAUCACAGUGGAUGAUCAGCAUAUUUGUGGCCCACUGCUCUACCUGCUCAAACACAAGCAGCUGCCAUCUGGGGCGUUCAAGGAGGACAACCCUGUCUACACCACCUCCAUGACGGGAGGUCUUCAGGGUGCUGAAUCCCAGGAAACGCUGACAGCGUUUGUACUGAUUGCACUGGCUGAAGCUCAGAGUGUCGUCACAUGCAGGGAUCCAGACAUAAACACAGAGGAGAGAUUCACAAGAGCUGGAGAAUACCUGAAGGAGCGAUACAGAUGGAUAAGCAGGCCGUAUUCUGUGGCAAUUGUGUGUUACGCUCUGGCUGUGAGCAAUCAGGGCUGCUCGAAGAGCACAUUGCUGAAAGCAGCAUCACCAGACCAAACACACUGGCCAGAUGCAGAUAAUUCCUUCUUCACACUGGAGGCGACCGGUUAUGCGCUGUUAGCCCUAAUCAAAGGUGGGCAUUUUGAGGAGGCAUCCACUCCGUUCAAGUGGUUGAAUCAGCAACGACGGAUCGGGGGAGGAUAUGGAUCCACACAGUCCACCAUGGUGGUACUGCAGGCUCUAUCAGAGUACUUGGUGAAGAAACCCCCUCCACUUGAUAUGAACCUGCGGGUGGACCUCAGUGUUCCUGGUCGCUCGGGUGUACGCUGGGCCUUCACUCAUCAACUGGCACACGUGGCACGUUCCUCUCGGGUCCCUCUAGAUCAGGACUUUACAGUGCUUGCCUCAGGAAAUGGCCAGGGUGUCCUUGAGGUGGUAACAGUUUACAAUGAGCUGCCUGAUGUGCAAGAGAAUAUCUCCUGUAAUGGAUUUCAUUUGAAUGUUUCCAUUAUGGAAAAUAGGGAGAAACUUCCAGCAGAUGUAGAGAAGGUGUACAAAGUCACCAUCAAUGUGAGAGCUUUGUCACAGCAUCAAGUGCGCAUGGCGGUCCUUGACAUCAGCCUGCCUACCGGCUUCGAGCCAGAAACAUCAGACCUCGAGCUGCUGAGCAACUCUGUGGAUCGUUACAUCAACAAUUUCCAAGUUGUAGAUAAUCUAAGCGAUCGAGGAUCUCUCAUUAUUCAUCUGUUCAAGGUGUCCAACCAAGAGCCAGACAUCAUCUCCUUUAGGCUGAACCAAAGGUUUAAAGUGGGGCUCCUGCAACCGUCUACAGUCACUGUAUACGAGUAUUACAACACAGAUAAACGUUGCAGCAGAUUUUACACUCCACCAGAGGACAAAGAGCAGCUCAGUCAGAUCUGCAAAGACAACAUUUGUCGCUGCACCCAGGGUGACUGUUGUGUUUUAAAGACGGGUUCUUACACAGUUUCGGCAAGAAAGAAGGCUGCAUGCAGCGGAAUCCACCAUGUGUUUAAGGUCAGAGUGUUGAGCAUCAGUACGAGCCAGUAUGACAGAUAUCAGGUGGAGAUCUUGCAGGUCAUCAAAGAAGGCACUGAGGUUGGUCUAAAAGAAAAGGAUACACGAGGAUUUCUUUCUCAAGCUGGAUGUAGGGCGGGACUUAAUCUGAUCAUGGGGCAGGACUACCUCAUCAUCGGACCAUCCUCUGAUAUUUGGCAAGCAGGCGGUGACAAGAACAGUUACACUUACAUUCUGGGGAAGAACACCUGGGUGGAGCACUGGCCAACUGGCACAUGUGACAAAUGCACAGAACUGGACAAUUUCAGCACGGAAUUACAGAACACUGGCUGCAAGACCUAAAAAAAAUACAAACACACACAUACACAUGUGCAGUACAUUUACAAAAACUGUCUACUGAACUACAAUGUCAUGCACAAGGAGGUUUGCAGCCUGCAAGAUUGAUGCUUUAAACAUGCACACAUUUGCAUGUUUUGCUUCAUCUUAUAUUCUUUUCAUCUAUCAAUAUUAGUUUGCAAAUUGAUCGUUUUUUUAAUUGCUUUCCUGCUUCUGUGUGACUAUUGUUUUGUUUUAGCAACUGUUUUGUGUUUGUGUUCCAUUAAACAUUCUUACACUACAAAACCUGAAAUAAAAUGUAAAAACCGUUACAUAUCAUGUUAUAACACAUUGCACAUUACUCGACCACUUACAGUACUGUACCUGUGGUAUUUCCUGGAUUAGAAUGUAGGUUUUAGCUUUAAAAUGUCUGUUUACUUACAGUAGCAUGCAACAGCCUAGGAACUCGUAUGUAAAUGGUCAUACAGUAAAUAAAGCUUUAUUAUUAGCA